AUGGGAUUUUGGGGCAUUAUACCAGUCUUGUUGGUCAAUGAGUCGAUCGAUUGGGGGCCUAGGCCUUUUAAGUUUGUAAAUGCUUGGUUUAAAAAGAAAGAUUGUAUGAGUUUGAUUGAAAGGGAAUGGUUUGGAAUGGGAUGUUUAAGAAGGAAAAUAGCUAUUAAGCUGCGAAAAUUGAAGGGAGUCCUGAAGAAAUGGAAUGUUGAAGAUGGAAACAUGCUGGAAAAUAGAAUUAUCGAAAGUGAAAGUAGAAUAAAGGAGAUUGAUGAAGCAAGCGAAAAAAGGAAGUUGACAGUGAAGGAAUUGGAAGAGCUAAAAUAUUUGAACACCGAGCUUUGGGAAUCAAUAAGAUUCAAAGAAUCCAUUUGGCGACAGAAAUCGAGAAUGACAUGGUUAAAAGAAGGGGAUGCCAACAGUGCUUUUUUCUAUAGAGCCGUGAAAAUCAAAGCUAAGAGGAAAAUGGUGUUUAGCUUAAGAAUUAGGGGUCGGUGUUUCAAGGAUCCUAAAGAAAUGAAAGAGGGGCUGUUCAAUUAUUUCAAAAAUUAG